GAUUUCUGCUGCUGCAUCGCGUUGUCGCGCAUCCAUCUCAAAAGUUUGUUACAAGGUCUUUUUUUGUCUCGUCAAGACUAGAUAUAAAGAAAAGAAUGCCACCAAAGAAGGCUCCCGCUCAGGAAAAGAAAGUUCUUCUUGGCCGUCCUAGCAAUAACCUCAAGAUCGGUAUCGUAGGACUGCCCAACGUUGGAAAAUCGUCGUUUUUUAAUGCCUUGUCAAACACAGACUUGGGCAAAGCAGCGAAUUUUCCGUACGCGACUAUAAACCCGGAAGAGGCACGUAUACCUGUACCCGAUGUUCGCUUUGAAUGGCUCUGCGAUCUGUAUAAACCCGCCUCCCGUGUUCCAGCUUUCCUUACAUGUAUAGACAUCGCUGGUCUCACCGCUGGUGCUUCCACAGGUGCAGGUCUUGGAAAUGCGUUUCUGUCUCACGUUCGCGCCGUGGACGGUAUAUUCCAAGUCGUGCGGGCCUUUGACGAUGCAGAAGUAAUUCACGUCGAGGGUGACGUAGACCCACUUCGUGAUAUGGAGAUCAUCCAGACAGAGUUACGAUUGAAGGACAUCGAAUGGGUAGAAAAACACUUGGACAAUCUCAAGAGAACCGGUCGUUCUCUUGGGAGUAACAGUUUGGCCGAUAAGGCGAAGAAGGAAGAAAUCGCUACAGUCGAAAAGGUUUUGAAGACUUUGACAGUUGACAACAAAGAUGUACGCAAGGGAGAGUGGUCUAAUAAAGAGAUUGAAGUCGUCAAUAGCUUGUCGCUCUUAACUGCCAAACCUGUGACUUAUCUCGUGAAUCUCAGCGAGAAGGAUUAUAUCAGGAAGAAGAAUAAAUGGCUAGCCAAGAUCAAGGGAUGGAUUGAUGUUCAUAAUCCCGGGGAUCCCCUCAUUCCGUUUUCCGUCUCCUUGGAAGAGCGUCUGGCUCGAAUGUCGCCCGAGGAGAAAGAAGAAACACAGAAAGAAAUCGGGGCUCAGACCGGACUGGGAAAGAUCACUCAAGCUGGUUACGCCAGCCUCGAUCUCAUUCGGUACUUCACAUGUGGUCCAGAUGAAGUUCGAGCCUGGACCAUUAGGAGAGGAACUAAAGCGCCACAAGCCGCUGGUGUCAUUCACUCCGACUUCGAAAACAAGUUUGUCUGUGGGGAAAUCAUGGGUUAUGAGGAUUUGAAAGAGCACGGUAGUGAAACUGCCGUCAAAGCAGCUGGCAAACUCAGACAGCAGGGCAAGCCGUAUGAGAUGAUUGAUGGAGAUAUUGCCUACUGGAAGAGUGGAGCAUAAGAUAGCUUGCUGUCAUUGUACACUAUAGGGGAUGUGUAUGUUGCAGUUCAAGUUACAGUUUGUAUACCAACAGAAGUAAAACGACAAUGUGUUUAACAAUGAUACAAAUAAGUGGAUGGUAUUAUGCUCUUGAUCGGAAGCUCAAAGACAGUCUAAAACAAGGAAUUGAUUAUGCCACUGCCAACAGCGGAACCAGCACCAAAUCCAACACCACCAGCAGCCGAUUGUGCCAUCUUCAUAUUGAUUAGACUCAGAAAAUAUGUUGAAAAGUGCACCUCCCCGCACUUACGGUGUUACCUAGUCCACCAAACCUACUCUUCUUGGGAGGUUCUUGCUGUGGUGCAGGUUCGAUGGCAUUGAGAGGUGCCGUCGGAGCCAUAUAUGGGUUAUAUGCUGUGGGUUGGGGGGCAGCUGGUGGAGGUUGAUAGCCAUAAUACCCGCUCGGAGGAGGACCAGAUGGCGGAGCGUAAGAAGGAGGACCGGAAGGAGCAGGUGAAGAGUACUUUGGCUGGUAAGGAGAAGCUGAUCGGGGAACCUCAGGGAAGGCAGGAGGCGGUGGAGCAGUGUUUUUCAUUUUCUCCACGUAGUUAGAAGGGAACAGUCCUUGCUUGCCGUUGUGUCGACCAGUCCACCAAUCUGUAUUUGUUUCAGCGACGAUUUCAAUGACGUCUCCAGCCUUGAACCUUCACUUUCCCAGUCCCAUAUCGCUCGAGCUUCUGCCUUGCGUUGAGUAGGAGACGGCACACGGCGACCCAGGUUACGGUUGGGUGCUGGUGCUGGGAGGAGAGACAUAGUUUGUGCCUUAUCUGUCAAAGCUGCCACUGACGAGGUAGUAGGCAACUUGAAAAGGAUUUCUCUGCCUGCCGACUCCGAUAUAUGUUUCUGUGCCAUUAGGAAUUCAAUAUUCUGCCUCGUUUGAGAGACAAUAUAGUCGAGAACGGCGGAUGUAUCAUUUUGAGAGUUGAAGGCCAUUUGGACGAAGUAUCUAUGGAGAAUAU